AUGGAAGUCGUUUAUGGCACGGCCGCAGAAGUCUUGAAAAGGGUGGCAACUGCUGCGGAGCAAGAGAUUUGCUUGGCAUGGGGCAUGAAAGGGGACCUAAAGAAGCUUGAAAAGACGAUGUCCACCCUCAAAGCAGUGCUCUUAGAUGCCGAGAAUAAGCAAGAACAAAACGAAGCGCUACGAGUCUGGCUGAGGCGGCUUAAAGAUGUCUUCCUUGAUGCUCAAGACGUGUUGGGAGAAGUCGAGUGCGAACUACUAAGAAGAGAAGUGGUGAAGACAUAUGGCAUCAUUGGUCGAAAGGUACGCCGAUUCUUCUCGAGCUCCAAUCCCCUUGCGUUUCGGCUUAACAUUGGGCAUCAAAUUAAGGCGUUAAGGCAAGAGUUAGAUGAUGUCGCCAAAGAUAGGAUAAAUUUUCAUCUAAUUGAGCAGCAGGAUCUCAUGCAAGGGAGGAGGGAGAUGACAUCUUCUUUCGUUAGGCCCUCAGAAAUUAUAGGUCGAGAUAGUGAGAAAGAAAAGAUCGUUAAUAUGUUAUUACAGAAGGAUCACAACGAUCUUAUCUCUGUCAUUCCAAUAGUUGGAAUGGGGGGUCUAGGAAAGACUGCACUUGCAAAGUUAGUUUACAAUGAUGACAAAGUCACUGAAGAGUUUGGUUUAAAAAUGUGGGUCUGUGUCCAACAAGAUUUUAAUGUUGCUGAAUUAACGAGAGAAAUUCUCAAAUCUGCUAUUAGUGCAACUAGUACGAUUAAUGAAAAUUUCUCUAUAGAUCAGGCCCUGAAAGGAACAAAUGAUAUCAGUAACUUUUCCGUAGAUCAGGUGCAAAUUUUCUUACGAACCACUUUAAAGGAUAAGAAAAUUUUGCUAGUCUUGGAUGAUGUCUGGAAUGAAGAUCGUAGCUAG